GAACCCCUGGAUUCAAAUUCAAUCCCUGGCACCAAGAUAAGACAAAAAAAAGAAAGAAAAAAAGACUGAGAUACAGGAAAUUAAAAAGUUUCUAAAACCCUAUCAAUAUUCAAAUGUAUUCUCUGGGUUCUAUACUCUGAGAACAAUUAAUGGUCAUCUCAAAUUCUAGAGUCUUGGAAACUCCCCUAGGAUUGUUUUGGUUGGCUUCUGCUUGCUUUGAGAAGACGUUCAAGACAUGACAGACAGGCAAUGGACUUUAUGUAGAUUUGACCUGGGAUCUGAGAAAUGCUUUUGAAAAACCCUGGCAACUCUGGAUGUUUCAAAGAUCAACGUGCCUUGGAAAGUUUGAGGCUUUGCAGGAACUUCUGGCAGAGGAUUAUGGGAUUCUGGAAAUUCCUGAUUGUGAGGAGAACUGAUGUGAAAUGAGUUAUUAUUUUGAGCUCCAAUGAGUUUCUUUCAACUCACUUUCCAUUCUGGUUUAUCCUUUGUCUGGACUAAGAUCUAUAUACACAUAUUUCUUGUGUGGGCUUAUCUUGAUUUCCAAAAUUUUCUCCAGCCUUAGUCUUGCUUUGGAUCUCCAAGCCUGUUUCACACAUGUAUUGGAUGAUAGCCCCAGCCACCCUGCUGUCCCCUCAAAUCCAAUAUGCUCAAAUUCCGCUGUGAACUUUACUAAGCAUUAAAUAGUUUCUGCUUCAGCAGCUUCGGUCUUUACUAAAAUGAGAGGUUGGGUCAUCUUACCUCCUCCAGUGUAUAAGGUAACUCUGGAACAGGAAGAUGAUUGGGGUUGACAUGAGUACUAUCAGAAUUUCGUUUUUUAAAAUACUAAGACAGGUGUUUUGUGCUUUUAUUCAAAUAGUCUUUUUGCUGCAGGGCUUGAAAGAAAGUACCCUGACACUACUUUACUGAAUUAUUUGGGAAAAUACAAAUUUACUUAACAGGUUGAGCCAUGUGAAAUUACUGAAUCUGAUACAGACCAGUUAUCAUUUAAAAAAAAAACAAAACUUUGACUUGUAAAUACAACCUAAUACACGGAUAUUCUUAUCAGUGAAGAAGUGCCUGCUGGAACACUGGGAGCAACAUAGAAGAUUAAAGUUCCACAGCAAGAGGAGGGCGGGCUCGAGAGGAUGUGGCGGAUCCGUGACGGUUAGGGCUCUCGGUCUAGAAAACCCAGGCGCCGGUUGCACUUCCGGGUCUGGUUUUUCCGCGGCCCCGCCCCUUCCGGGUAUUUUGUGACGCAGGCGCCCUGGGCUUUUUGAGCGGGAAAAGGAAGCCGGGCAAACUAAGGUGUCGCGGAGACUUUCCGCUUCUCAGCAUGGGGCUGUUGGCGCAAUGCGAGCAGGUGUUCGGUACCACCGACCUUUACCGGGUGCUGGGCGUACGGCGCGAGGCCUCAGACGGCGAGGUUCGUCGCGGCUACCACAAAGUGUCCCUGCAGGUUCACCCUGACCGGGUGGACGAGGGAAACAAGAAAGACGCUACCCUUCGGUUCCAGAUCCUUGGGAGAGUUUAUGCGGUUCUAAGUGACAAAGAGCAGAGAACAGUGUAUGAUGAGCAGGGAACAGUGGACGAGGACUCUACGGUGCUCAACCAAGACCGGGACUGGGAGGCCUACUGGAGGUUACUCUUUAAAAAGAUAUCUCUAGAGGACAUUCAGGCUUUUGAAAAAACCUACAAAGGUUCUGAAGAAGAACUGGCUGAUAUUAAGCAGGCCUAUCUGGACUUCAAGGGUGACAUGGAUCAGAUCAUGGAGUCUGUGCUUUGUGUGCAGUACACAGAGGAACCCAGGAUAAGGAACAUCAUUCAGCAAGCUAUUGACGCCAAAGAGGUCCCAUCCUAUAAUGCCUUUGUUAAAGAGUCAAAACAAAAAAUGAAUGCAAGGAAAAGGAGGGCUCAAGAAGAAGCUAAAGAAGCAGAAAUGAGUAGGAAGGAGUUGGGGCUUGAUGAAGGAGUGGAUAACUUGAAAGCACUCAUUCAGAGUAGACAAAAGGAUCGGCAAAAGGAAAUGGACAAUUUUCUGGCUCAGAUGGAAGCAAAAUACUGCAAACCUUCCAAAGGAGGAGGGAAAAGAUCCGCUCUCAAGAAAGAAAAGAAAUAAUGGAAUUUUUCUCUUCAAAGAUCCUUAAGCUUUCAUCAGUGCCACUGGAAGCAAGGUGUAGUCAACACUUAAAGGAAAAAGUUAACCUAACUCUUGAGAGAAGUUGUCUUUCCAGCCUAAAUUACUUAGAUUGACUAAACCAAGCAGAAAUUUUGAAGCUGUUUUUAGUGUAACCUAGAAAUUACCUGACACUGUGAUAUCCUCAUGUGAAGGAAUGUGAUAGUGAAGUUGGGAGGGUGGUAUACUUCUGAUAGCACUUCUAUGGCUCUUCAUCCAUAUCUAGAAUGUGGGUCUAAGGCUAAGGAUAUAGGUCAGUGGUAUAACACUUGCGUCGCUGGGUUGAUCCCCAGCACUGGAGAGGCGGGGGAAGAAUGUGGAUCUUCAUGUAGUACUUUCAGUGUGUGCCUGUCUUUUAGACCUAGUUAGAAAGAACACUUACUUGCUGAGCAGCUGUCUUCCAAAUAAUUGGCCAGUUUGCUUUUGGUCUUAAUGAUCUUCAAUAUUAAGACCCUCUCCUAUUUUUUUCCCCUCCCUGAGGCAGGUUUUGUACUCCUUUUCCUGAGGUAUAGAAGAAGCAAGUACUCGGAUUACUUCAAACAUUUUGGGAUUUUAUAUAUGAUUAAAUAAGUAAAAAAUUAGGGGCAUUUUAAAUGAUCCCCUAUAUCAUUUAAAUGUGAUAUAGAUAAAAUAUGGUGUUUUGGAUAAAGAAGAGCCAAAAAAAUAAUCCUAGUUAGCAUGACAAUAGAAAUCCUGGUUUCUCUAGCAUAAAGAGAUAUAUGUUAUAGUCCUGUCUGAUUGCUGCUUGGUGUCCUUAUCUCCCUCUUCUGUUCAAAAUAAGAUCUAAAGUUGUCAGAUUCUAUAUAUUAAAGUAAAAGAAAAUUGCACUGGUUUGAAGACACAAACACACAAGAAUGAGGGAAUUGGGCUAAAUAACCUUCUGACUCUUAACUUUGAAAGGCAAGCCAUAUAUGGAUCCAGUGAUUUGUUACAGGGCAGUCAGUGGACUGAUUUGUGAAAACAGUACAAAUUUUCACUUAUAUUUCUAUGAGUUGGUGGUAUGUAUUCAUUAGAAUAGAUGGAUUUUUAAAAAGGACUGUUCAAUUUAAAAUCUGAUUUGUAGACUCAUUCAAUGUACCAUAUGCAUAAAACAAACCUAUUGCUAUUGAACAUUAUGUAUAAUAAUUUAUCUAAAAGUAAGCACAUGACAGUUUUCAGUUUGUGAUUACAAGCAAGUUAAAAAAUACUCUUUUAAUUGUAUUAAAAUGUAAUUCAGUGCAA